AUGGUUGAGUUCAUCGAUGUGGGAAAACCAUCCAGAGCCCUUGACACACUCUAUGAGUUCAUCAAGGGGAAACGCUUGCGAUCAAGCAAUUACAGUGAGAAGUGUGAUAGGGACUUCAUCGAUGAGGAUGUGCUUUCCUUUGCCGUGUUUUUCAAGGAAAUUCUUCAGUCUUCUGAGGUCCUCCUCCAGGCCCUCCUCUCUCCCAUCUACUACCUCGAUACUACAGGUGCGGAUGAUCGGACCUUCACCGUCGGGUAUAUCCAUGCGUCUGACAUGGAAGCCAUCGAGAUCACCAAGUGUCGCAAUGCUAUGAAGGAGAGCGCAGGAUAUUUUCAUGCAACCGAGACUGCUACCAAGCAUUGUGUUCGGGAAUCAUUUCACUUGAAGGAUAUGGCAAAAGAUCCACGAUCCAUGAUGACUGGUCGAGGUUUAUCGAAAUGA